UUUCAUCCAGUUCUAGAUCAGCCGUGGUAAAGAAACCAUGUUGAAAAUUUUGACUCUUUGUGCGGUCUUAGGGCUGGCUUUAUGUCAGCAGCCACCUCAAGUUGUGCUACCUGGCCAAGGUACGGUGAUAGGAACAAUAUCUACUGAAGGAGAUUACUUCGAGUUCCACGGUAUACCAUACGCGGACGCGACUUCGGGCAUCAACCGAUUUAAGGCACCGCUACCACCACCUUCGUUCCAAACCCCAUUAACAGCUAACCGAAAAGACAUAAAAUGUGUUCGAGCCUUAGGUGCAGGAUAUGAAGGCACCGAGGAUUGUCUGGUAGCCAACAUCUACACACCAACUAUAGUUAAUACAAGGAAACUGCCUGUUAUGGUAUGGAUUAAAGGGAAAGAAUUCGAUCGCAUUAACAAUCCAGAAUUAUCUUUCCGAAAUUUUGUUGAAAAGGAGGUUGUUGUAGUGUCAUUGAAUUACCGUGAAUCGAUUUUAGGAUUCCUCUGUCUUGGCACUGAAACUGCACCCGGUAAUGCCGGAUUGAAAGAUAUUAUUGCAGGUUUAAAGUGGGUCCAGAAACAUAUCGCACGAUUUGGGGGUGACCCCGACUCAAUUACCCUCGUUGGCCAUGGAAGUGGUGGAGCUGCCGUGGACUUGGUCACAAUGUCUCCAAUGAGUAAAGGUUUGGUACAUAAAGCCAUUGCUCAAAGUGGCAACGCAUAUUCUCCUUGGGCUGUAUCUCGUGAUAACUUGAAACAUGCUAUCGAUGUAGCUGAAGCUCUUGGCCAUACAAUAACCAGCAUUGAACAGUUAUCAGAGGUUUUUACCAGAACUAGUGUCGGAGCUUUGAUGGGUGUUAUCAAUGAACUUGACUUAACUGAUAAUUCAUUAGCCUUUGCUCCUUGUGUGGAACGUAAAGAAUUGGAAGGAGUAGAACCUUUUCUUAUAAAAACUCCUGCUGAAAUUGUACGUGACAAAGAAUUGUCAAAUAUUCCUACCAUUAUUGGAUUUGUAGAUUACGAAGGUACUAUUCGAUCAGAGGAAGCAUUUGGUAACGAUUGGCUAAAGAGAAUGGAAGAAUCGUUCAGUGAAUUUAUACAGCCCGAUUUAGAAAUUGAAGACGAUGCAGCAGUAGUAGAUGAAAUUAAAAAAUAUUAUUUUGGAUCGAGUGGAACAAAAACAACAAAUUCAUACGAACCCUACUUGAAAUAUCACGGUGACACAAUGAUUCUUAUAUCUUCUUUAAGAGAAGUUAGAAAUCGAGUAUUUGCUACUACAUCAAAUACCUAUUUAUAUCAGUUUUCAUAUAAAGGAACUCUCGGAGAAGCAUUGGUUGGACCCAUAAACGUUGAUUCAGCGCCUCACGGUGCAGAAGUGGCGUAUUUGUUCCAUGGAGGUUCUGGAGGGACUGAGUUGGAUCAUCUGGUUAGUAAAAUUCUCGUUGACAGAUGGACUAGCUUCGCUAAGAGUGGUAACCCCACAACUACUCUUUCAACAGUAAGGUGGGAGCCUUAUACUCAAAGCGAAGCAAAAUUCUUGCGCAUAGGCUCUACUGAAGAAAUUGUUGGACGUGGUGGUCAAGAAACCAAACCUAUAAUGGAAAUAGCUUUGAUUAAUCCCCAUCCCCAAACUGCUGCAUUUUGGGAAGGUAUUUACUCAUCACAUUUCUUAGAUGCACAGAGCAAUUGGAAAAUUAUUGACAGGAAUGAAGAUACUCCUACAACUACCCUGAGCCCAGGUGGUAUUGAUGAGUGUGAUGGUGAUGAUUGUGGUGAUGACAAUGGUAGCGGCAACGGUGAUGAUGACUGCGAAGGUGAUGACUGUGAUGAGGAAAAUUCAGCCUCAACGGCUAUUAGCUACACGUUCUUAAUAAUUAGUCUGUUUUCAAUUCUGAACCAUUUCCAUUCCUCUCAGAUUUUGUCGUAGAAACAUCUCAAUAGAUUUACUUUCUAUUGUUUCUGUUUUUUAACAUACAUAAUAUGCAUCGUCAGUGUUCUUGUUGAAGCUAGCUCUUAUAUUUCCAUUUAUUUUGAAGAAAACACCAAUAUAUGGACAUUUUUUUUUCUAAUUACUAAAUUAUUUCACAGUCUUCUUUGGAUUUCGUAUUGAAAUUCAUUUGAAGAACGUAAUGUACAUUUUACUAUUUUUUCUUGUAGUAUUAAUAUAUUGUUAAUAAGUUUAAUUGUUUUAAGAUAUUUUAUUGCGCCAUUGAGUGCAAUUUAAAUAUUUUUUUAUAAUACUAAUUUAGUCUAGAACCAUUUUUCUUUUUUAGUUAGUACUUACUUCCAUUUUGAUCAGCCAUUUUAAGUAACUUUAUGCUAACCGAUUUUCUAUUUACUCGAAUUCCUGAAUAAGGUUCUUAAUGGUAGCUGCACCGACGUAAUUUAACAAAAACAUAUUUAGCUUUUAAUGCCAUCCUUAUGUCUACGAGAUAAAGUUAAAAAUUGGUUGCAUUUAACUGCUAACCCCCGUACUCAGAGUCGUUUAAUGAUUACUUAACUCAACCCUUAGCGAUUGUUUUCGGUACAAAAUUGUUACUAAGGAAUAGGUUAAGUGAUAAUUAAAUGUCUGUGAGUGCGGCAGUAAGUAAUUUAAAGUUGUUAAAAUGGUCUGAUUUUUGCACUCACCAAAUGAACUUUGCUACCAUGCGUUUGUAUGAAAGUUAAAGUUUUAAACUUCUUUAAUAUAGCUUAAUAUUUUAUUUAUAAUUUUGUAAAUAUAAUAAAAAACUCGAAAAGAAA